UGGUUCAUCUACAUACUAGUCCUCGUGCAUUCUCCAUAAUCACCCCGAUAAUCCGUGCUUGGGAGGGGGAAUAGAUUGCAACCAUGGGCCUUGGCAGCCAUCCGUGACGAUAUGAUUAGAUAUGGCAAUACACGGGACACUCAACCUUGAUGAUACGAGAACCCCAUCGUGGAUCCUAUCUGACUGGUUGCGUGUGUGUCUUAUGGCUCGCCAAUCACUUGCCCUUCUGAACACCCCUGUAAGGAGAAUUAAUGUAGGAAUCUCCGGUGGAAAGAGGCCUUAUUGCACCGGUGCCAUUAAUCAUACAUUAGUGGCCGCGCUGGUCGGAGUAGGUCUGCUGUGGACUUGCCCUUGGUGGAAGUUGUUCCUGCCGCCGCCAGUGCCGAGGCGUCGACGCGGGUUGUGCCAGGGGCCUGUCAGUGCCAACUUUUUUUUUCUUUUUUCUGAUAAGGUGACAGCGAGAUGAUUGAUGCUGAUGAGACGAAGGGGCGGCGUCUUAC